UCUUUAGUGGGCGUGGGGCGUCGAUCUCGCGAGAUUUGCUGUCCUAAUCCCGUUAGCUGCGAUAGCCUGUGUGCUAGUGGUGUGUAUGCGGUGAGUCAGCCCACAGUGCGCGCAGCGGAGGCCGGCAGCGCUCCAGCCUGCUUCACCCGAACGCACGUAAGAAAAGCAAGAUGAACGUCGGUGUGGCCCACAGUGAAGUCAACCCAAACACCCGUGUGAUGAACAGUCGGGGGAUAUGGCUGACAUAUGCACUCGGCGUAGGAAUGCUUCACAUUGUACUGUUAAGCAUUCCCUUCUUCAGUGUUCCUGUUGUGUGGACCCUCACAAAUGUUAUUCACAAUUUUGGUAUGUAUGUGUUUAUGCAUGCAGUGAAAGGCACACCAUUUGAAACUCCAGACCAGGGCAAGGCAAGACUUCUCACACACUGGGAACAGCUGGACUACGGCGUGCAGUUCACAUCAUCUAGAAAAUUCUUUACAAUCUCACCAAUCAUUUUAUAUUUUCUCGCCAGCUUUUACACAAAAUACGACACAGCACAUUUUGUGAUAAACACAGCUUCGCUUUUGAGUGUCCUCAUCCCAAAACUGCCACAACUCCAUGGAGUCAGGAUCUUUGGAAUAAACAAGUAUUAAAGCCCAGUAUUAAGAGGGCACAGACCAACUCGGAGCUGUUGCCUGAUAUGGAAGAGGAGAUAACCCUUUGUACUUUGUACCGCAGUUGUGUACACUUCGCAGUUUUGUACAGUCUGUAAUUGUGAGUCUCUUCGUUUGAUAUAUCUUGAGAAAUUGUUGUAGGGAUAUGUUAGGAGGAGGACAAUUCCACAAGCAUUAAUAACUUAAGAUAUUUAAUGUAUUUUUGUUAGUAGUUGUGUGAUCCUUGUGGAUCUGGGCUGGCCCAGGUUUCAUGGUUAAAGAUUUUUUUGUUUGUUUGUUAAUUAGUUUUUGUUCAAACACUUGUACAACACUGACACACUAAGAUAAUGCUUUUAGCGUCACUUCACAUUUCCGAAUACAUUCUUAAAUAAUGCCAUUUGUUUUUAAAAUCGUUUGAAAGCCAUGAAACCUUUCUGCUAUUUCUUCAGUUUUGUUGAUGUUAUCAUUGCUUCAGAGAGACGAAUAAAAACUCAGUUUGCAUGAUUUCCUGAAAAAUAUUUCAGUCACAAUAUUAUGUAUAUUUUUGUUUGGUUAAUGUCGUACAGUUUAUAAGUGACAAUGAAAAUAUUAUUAACAUUAACAAAACUUUUAGAGUUUAGGCUUUUAAGUACUUUCACGUUCAUUAAAGUCAACAUGAAAUUAAAGUUAGAACAUAUUUACUUUAAUACGUUUAUGGUCUCAUUUUGUUUAUCAGUGCACAUUAUUUCAAAGAACACGCUUCCUCCGCCCCUGAAACAAAACAUCAAGUUCUUCCCUACGUUGGUUUAACUUCCGUUUGAAUCAGAAAUGAGUCGCGUUACAGAAAAUUUCAUGUUGACUUAUAACUUCAUUUCAGUAUGUAAUUGUAAAACUCUGGAUCAUUACCAAGCUUUAGCAAACCGUCAUGUUUCUUUGCUCUCUUCUCUGUCACGGUAUUAUUAAAGUUGAGAAACUGUAACAUAGACCCAUUAAACUAUUUGAAUCCUUCCA